AUGACGCCAACAACAUUACGAGUACCAGACAUCCUCCUCGACGAACUGCACGCAUACCACCCGGGCGUGUUCGUGUUCGCGGAGAAGGGCUUUCCCUUCCCUCUUCUCCGUGACGAGGCCGAGGCAGCCAUCACGCUCGUGAAUGAGGUUUCCAACGACCCCCGGUUCAGCAUCGACGCGAGAGACCAGGCGAUGAUCUUUCUCCGCAAGGCGCUGAACAAUAUGGAGAUCAUCUUUGGCGAAAGCGACAGUGAGGAUGAGGACGAUGAUGACGACGAGGCGUCGUUCUUCUCAGGCAACGAUGACGGGGAGGUAAAUCAUCAGGAGGAGGAGACGGAAGGCGCAGGUGCGGAGAGCGGAUCACACGGUGAGAAGGAUCGGAUAAGCACACUCGAACGCGAGAUUGAGGACCUGCGUGAGCGCGUCGACGAACUCGAGGACUUCCGGCAGAGGAUGAACGACCUCAGCGACAGCCUGGCGCGUAUCGCCGCCAUUCCGUCUAUGACGCCGCCAGCGUCCCAGGCGCCGGACCUGGCUCCCGAAUCCGGCACCGAGUCGCCGGUCGACGCGGCAGACAUCUCGCGCGAAUCUGCAGACACCGUUCCAAGCUUCGAGAAGCACUCUCCUGAUGCUCCCGACGCUAUUGACGCCGCCAACGCUCCGGGGACUCCUGAAGCGCGACCAGUCUCAGUCCUGCUCCCGCGACAGACCGGUAGCAUCCCUACCGUUUCGAAGCGGGGAGGGUCGCGCUCGUCAAGCGACUCAGGCCAGUCCAAAGUGACAAAAGUGCGGCCGCGGCGGCGUCAGCAAGACACGCACCGCUCGCGCAGGUCAUAUCCCUCCCGCCGCUCCCAGCUGGCGCAGUCAUCGCACCGCUCCAAGCUCUCCGAGACGAGCAGCGCGGACAUUGGCUCUGUGCUCGCGCAGCCUCCCAGUCGCGAUCGUUCGGUGUCUGAGAAGUUCAUCGCCCGCUUGAACGAAGAAGCCGCCAGGCGGGGCUUGUUCAGGAAUCAUGGAGUGUUCGACAGCCGUUCCCCCUCGCCUGACUCUUCGAGGCGGAACCAGCUCUCCAUCCGCUCUCAGAGGCUGGCGAGGACGAAGCUCGACAUGUCCUCUGUCAGGAGCCAGCUGUCGCCGAUGAAGGAGACCCCGUCAGAAAGCCCUAAGGAGGCCAAGUGGGAGAGGAAGUCGGAAAGCACGCAGGCAAAGUUGGGCCCGAAGACCAGUGGAGCGGUGAGCUUCCCGCCCGGCACUAUUCCGGAGGACACGUGCACCUCCUGGGAAUGCGAGCAUAACCCGCCGCCGGCCGCUGCCGCCUCAGCACCGACGAGCACAAGGCAGCGAGUGCUCAGUUGGAAGGCGAGGUGGACUCGCGAGAGGGGAGACGCACGCUGGGCACGUCCAGAGUCUCCACCCGGCUCGCACUCGAGGGAUAAGCGAACCCGGGCACUCGUGGCCAAGCUGGAGCGCUUGACGCGGUACUAG